AUGUUUAUUAUAAAGGUAAACUCGGCAUGGAAUAGGGAUCAAGAACAUCAUCAUAACGAAUCAGAGUGGAAGGAGCACCUCCUAAUCAACAUGAAUUCAUCCAGUUGUGCCAUCAUUACUUUUCUGCUACUCUUUAUCGGAUGUUCUUCAAGGCCACUCUACCCGCUUCCAAGUCACGAUGAAAAGACGAAAAUGCCCCUACAAACUUUUCGUCCAUUUAACGUUGCACAUCGGGGUUCAAAUGGAGAACUCCCAGAAGAAACUGCUCCUUCUUACUUGAGGGCAAUUGAAGAAGGAACAGACUUCAUAGAAACAGAUAUUUUAGUUAGCAAAGAUGGUGUUCUUAUGUGUCACCAUGAUGUUAUUCUUGAUGACACAACCGAUGUUUUAGAUCAUAUACAGUUUGCAGAUAGAAAAAGAACCUAUGAAGUUGAAGGAGCUAACAUGACUGGAUUGUUCAUAUUUGAUUUUACAUUAGAAGAACUAAAAACAUUGAGGGCAAAACAGAGGUUUUCAUUUCGUGAUCAGCAAUAUAAUGGUAAGUUUCCCAUUAUAACCUUCGAAGAGUACAUUCAAAUUGCAAUAAAUGCACCGAGGGUUGUUGGAAUAUAUCCUGAAAUUAAAAACCCUGUUUUGAUGAACCAACAUGUGAAAUGGCCAAAAGGGAAAAGAUUUGAAGAUGUUUUUGUGGAAAUUCUUAAGAAGUAUGGAUAUAAAGGUUCUUAUAUGUCAAAAGAAUGGCUUAAACAGCCUUGUUUUAUUCAGUCGUUUGCCCCAUCAUCACUUGUUCAUAUCCACAACAAAACCGAUCUACCAAAGAUUUUUCUCAUUGAUGACGUGGACGUAAGAACCCAGGACACAAAUCAGACGUAUCAGGAAAUCACUUCCGAUCGUUAUUUCAACUAUAUCAGGGAAUUUGUCGUCGGAAUUGGCCCAUGGAAGGAUACGAUUGUUCCCGUGAUAGAUAACUACAUCGAAACGCCGACUGAUCUCGUGGAUAGAGCACACGCAUAUAAUCUACAGGUGCACCCAUACACAUUUCGCAACGAAAACAAGUACUUGCAUUUCAAUUUCUCCGAAGAUCCGUAUAUUGAAUACGAUUACUGGAUAAACACCAUUGGAGUCGACGGCCUUUUUACCGAUUUCACCGGCAGCCUCCACCGUUACCAGGAGUGGACCUGCCCCAGUUCUUCCGAUAACCGCGACGCCACCAAACUAUUACAAAAGAUUUCUUCCAUGAUCGUAAAAUACGAGCUGCCUAGGAGAACAUAGUUUCAAAAUUCAAAUCUGUUUUUUUAUUGAACAUUAGUCGUCACUCGUAAGUAAACAGAUUGGUUUAAUUUCUUUCUCUUUGGUUUUUCUCUUGAAAAUUGAAAUGUAAUUCAUGAGUAUCGAUUGUUUUAUGAAAUUACUUUACUACCCCGUACCAGGUAGUGGUAGUUGAGGAUUAGGAAAUUAAGAUUUAUAAAAAUAUAGGGUUGGUGUGGUGUUACUUAACAAUCUCCUAAUCAUAAGUCAUUCUUUUGAUUUUUCGACAUAA